AUGAGUAAUGAAGUUAAUAUUAGAGAACAAAUACAAAACUAUUUAAUAGAGUCUGGUAAUUAUGAGAAUAUUUCUAAUAAAUUAACACAACGAUUAAUUGAGGAUGGAUGGGUUGAUAAAAUGAAAAUUAAAAUCAAACAAGAAAUAAUGUCAAAUAAAGAAAUUAAAUAUAAUGAACUAUUAAAUAAAAUGGAACCUGAGGGUCAUAAUUUAUUAAAUGAACAAAUUAAAAAUGAAAUUAUUAAUGAGAUUCAAGCCAUUUUAGACGAAAUAAUUGAACAAUAA